AUGGCCCUGAACAGCUUCCUCCUGUCCUUUCUGCUUCACCUAGGAGGGCUGCUUCCCGUGGCUGCAGAACAAUCUGUUUAUUCCCUUGAGGGCGAUCCUGUCACCCUUUCCUGUCCUGAUGUCUUUCCAAACCAAAAUCAGGGCACUGGGUUCUGGAAAUACAAUGGGGUAGAAGUUCUUAAAUACACAAAUGGGAAACCUUGGAAAGUUCGCCAAGAGCAUAAAUUCAAAGGUACAGAGAAGGGUGAUUUCUCCUUACAGAUGCCAGAAGCAAAGGAAGGCCUUUAUACCUGUGAUGUGUCUGGAAAAGAGAAAAGUAUUCGCCUUCAUAUUCUGAAGGGUUUUCUCGAGGACUUGGAUGACGAGAUCUUCGCAGCCAUUAACAGCACAGUCACCCUUUCAUACAAGUUGAAUCCCCCAGGUGAAAAGUAUCCGAACACCAUGGAAGUCCUCCUGACCAAGGAAGUAUCAGGAAAGUCCACCUCCCUCGGCAGUGGCAGAGAUUCCUGUUCUCCGAAAACAAUACCCAAAGUCCAGUUUGAAGAUGGUGGGCGGUACCAGUGCCGCCUCAGAUUUAGCCGUGGGUGGUUGAAUAAGACCAUCCAUUUGGUAGUGAUGAAAGUCUCUGCCAGCCCCCCAGGACCACUCCCUAAAGAAGACGCGGUGAAACUUUGCUGCAGCAUCUCCGCUCCUCUCCCGCCCGGGGCUGUGUUGCGCUGGGAUGCUGUGAACAUAAGCAGAGACGUUCCCCACUGCCUCACAAUCCAAAAGGCAGGGCAGCAGACCUGCAGUCUCAUCGUUGGGAAGGAAGAGAAGAUCAGCGUGAACUACACCGUGGAGGAGGCCACGGAGCAGACUGGUUUCCCACUUCCUGGCCUGGCCUUGGGAGUCGGCGUACCCCUGUUGCUGCUGAUCCUCCUAAGCGUGUGCCUGUUCACCUACAUAGCUGUCAAGCGGAAAAAGCGACGGAUGGAGAGGAUGGCCCAGGCAAAGCAACAUUUGCUUGCAAAGAGGACUUGCCAGUGUCAAAGGGAUCAGAGCAAUGAUUACUACCACACCUGA